AUGCCGCCUCCUGUACAAGUCGCAAUUAAGCGAGUGCAACCGCCUAAGAUUGGCGAAAAUGGAUACGUUGGAUUCAAACCUGGACAAGUGGACAUUUAUCGCGCUGGUUCAACGCCCAAGUUCGCCGAUGCUCUCAGUUUGACAUCGGAUAUCAUCGUGGAGCAUGAUGUGGAGGUGGUCAUGCGUGAUGGAGCUCGCCUGUACAUCGACAUUUACCGGCCAGCCAAUACAGAUGCGAAGGUGCCGGCCAUUCUCAGCUGGUCAUUUUAUGGGAAGAAGUACUCUGCGCUCGACAUGCUACCCAUGACUACGUGGGGCUGUUGCGUAAAACGUUCCGAUCUGAGUGGAUUGGAAAAGUUCGAAGGCUUGGAUCCUCAGUACUGGUGUCCAAAGAACUACGCCAUCAUCUCAGUCGACACAAGAGGUGCCGGAAAUAGCGACGGCCAGAUCUGUGUCAUGGGUACGCAAGAUGCUGAGGACGGCUACGACGUUGUGGAAGCAGUAGCAAAGAUGAGUUGGUGUAACGGCGCGGUUGGUAUGGCUGGCAAUUCAGCACUGGCUAUUUCGCAAUGGUUCAUAGCUGCGCAACAGCCUCCAUCACUCAAAGCCAUCGCCCCGUGGGAAGGAUCAGGUGAUCUUUUCAGAGAGCAGUUCUGUCGUGGAGGCUGGUUCACCAUGAGCAACUUUGAUCUUAUCGGCAAAGCCAUUGUCCGUGGUCAAGAGAACUCAGGAUUGGAAGAUUUUGAAGAGAUGUAUCGACGGUCGAAUAUUUCAAAUGCAUACUGGGAAGACAAGCGAGUCGACAUGACCAAGAUCCAAUGUCCAGCAUAUAUUCGAGGCUCUGACCUGUCUUCAAUCCAUACUAUGGGGUCGAUUCGUGGCUACCUCGAAAUUCCGCAUUCACAUAAAUGGAUCCAAUGGAGCAGCUACCAGGAGUGGUACGAGUUGUACAGCGUGCCGGAGUCGAACGUCGAACUCGGCAAAUUUUUCGACAGAUACCUGAAAGGCAUAGAGAAUGACUGGGAGAAGACACCAAAGGUGCGGUGGUCUGUCUUGCGAUUCGGUGACCGAGAAGCCAUCGAUAACAUUGUGUUGGAAGACUUCCCGAGCCCGACUACAACAUACCGUCAGUUCUACCUUCACGAUGGUCAGCUCAAAACAGAAAACCAGGAGUAUAAAAUUGCCACGUACAACUCUGAGGACUACAAGGACUUUGCAGUAUUCGAUUAUACCUUCGAUGAACCUGCGCGCCUGAUUGGCCUACCAAAAGCCAUCCUUUACAUGUCAUGCGAUGCGCGGGAUGACUUCACGACAUUCAUCAUUCUGCGCAAGAAGGAUAAGAACGGGAAACUUUUGAUGCAUUUGCAAUUUCCUUUCGCAGCAACGCCAGUCAAAUCCAUCGAUGAGAUACCGGAAAAGGAACAGUCAAGCACCAAUCUUUUCCUUGGCAGUGUCGGUAUCUUGAGAGCAUCACACCGGGCUAUUGACCCGUCAAGGUCGAUGCACCCACAAUUCCCCUUCCAUCCCCACACAAAGAAGGAGAUGGUGCCCGCGGGGACAAUCAUCAGGAUGGAGAUAGGAAUUUGGGCUAUGAGUGUUCAGUUUGAUGCUGGCGAGACGCUUUCAAUGAGGAUUGGUGGCCAAUUCCCAAGCAUCGCAGAGUACAAGAGCUUCUCCGGGCCAAGGCCCGAGCACGAGCUGAACCGGGGACAACAUAAGAUCCAUUGUGGGGGCGAUUACCCAAGCUCGAUCAUUCUACCAUUCAUAUAG